GCACGCCUUAGCAUUCUGUGGCAAUAACGAUGACGGAGUUGUCACGAGAAAUUGGUGAAGUGUGGUCAAGAUUAUUUGACCAUAGACCAUUUCUUAAUGGCGAGAUUAAGUUUUUGCUGAAGGAAUUCGAGGAAAAACGUGGGGAUAGAGAAGUUGAAAACUUGUUCAACAUCCUUGAAAACAUAACUGAUAUAAAAGAUACUCAAGUUGAUAAAAUCCACCGCAUUGGGUCCACAGCUUUACCAGUGCUAAGUGAAAAAUUACAACAAGCAUUGCUGUUAACAGAUGAUAUUGAGAAGGUUUAUACAGACAAACAAAAGGAUUGUGCAAAAAAGCGCCUUGAAAAUAAGGAGAAAAGAAAAAUAGAAUGGGACCAGUUUAUUGAUGAUAUGAACUUUAAAUGUCAAAGAAUUGAUAAUACAUUUGAAGAAAAGGAAGAAGAAUUAAGGGAUUUGUAUGCAGAUCUUAAUCACAAGUUGAAUAUUACAAACAAAUAA